AUGGAUUUCAAAGCCUUAAAAUGGCAACUGAUUCGCGUGGCAUUAACAAGGCGAUUGAUUCUAGGGAGUUUAUGUUUUGUGUUGGCUAUGGUGAUCGUUUCAUUCACUCGUAUCAGUCGUAUGGCGUAUGAAAUUCGAACGAAUGAACCGAUCUUCGAGAAUUUCGAUAAAUGUUCGUUGGAUCUCAACCUGUUUCGAUACUCAAACAUGAAGAAUCUGACUCGUGGUGUGAUCGAAGAGUUGAUAAACAAGGAGAUGAUUAGCCUGGAUUCACGAACAUUAUCCAUUGGCGAGGGUUCAGAUUCAGAUUUGUUAACACUUCGAGAAUUAGGAAUCACCAACGCAUUUCGAAUCUCAUCGAUUUUAAAGAAUCAAAUCGAUCAUGAACUCGACAUCAAAACAAACUCUUUCGAUUUCAUUAUGUGUAGAAUCUACCAUAAGGUUCCCAUUCCACCUCUUCUCGUUCUAGAAAUCGAACGCGUUCUAAAACCUGGUGGUAUUUCCGCCAUGCUUGUACGUUUCUCCACCUUCAACAUGGGUAGCCUGGUAAGAUCCGCUACACCAGUUUCAUUACUCUUGAGAAGAUCUGAAAUCCUCCAUGUUUGUGGAAUCGGAUCAUUUGCAUUGAUCGUGUUCAAGAAACGUUUAGAUAAUGUCGAAUUUUUCAAAUAUUAUAAGCUCCCAAACGAAUGCUCAUCGAUUUCCAAAAACAAACCCUACAUGCAACACAUCGAGCCUCCCAUGGAUCAAAAAUUCAACGAGGUUUCUUACUUGCCUAAAUUCAUGAACGUUUCAUCAAGAAACAGGUUGAUUUACAUCAACAUGGGGACAUACGAAUCGGAGUUUGAAGCUAAUUAUCCCAUCGAUCAAAAGGAAUUCAAUGUGUUUGUAGUUGAUCAUAACGUGUCUGCUUUUUCCAAUUAUGUGAAAAAGCGUGGUGUGACGUUUGUUUAUCAUCCGGGUCUUGUUGAAGAUGACGAAAAGAUUGGUACUAGUGUUGACAAUGGUGAUUAUCUUGAAGCUCCAUUGCAUGAAGAACGAUUUGAGUUUAUUAACUGGUUUAAGGAGACUGCAAAAGAUGGGGAUUUUGUGGUGCUUAUGAUGAAUGCAGGGGUUACACAUAUCAAAGUGUUGUUUGAGUUAUUUGAAAGUGGAGCGAUUUGUGGUGUUGAUGAGAUGUUUAUUCGAUGUUUGGAUGGUGUUGAUUGUGGGAAUAGUAGAUGCAAGGAUUGUUUGAGCCUUUUUAAUGGUCUUAGAAAUGCUGGUGUUUUUGUUCACCGAAGACCGGUUGUUUAA